GCAGGGGGGCGGCGCUGCGCUUCAUGUCGCGCGGCGAUGACGCGGCGCUGCGCUUCAUGUCGCGCGGCGGUGACGCUCUGCAGGACGCGCGUUUGUUGUGAGCGGGCGGCGGCAGCAUGGCGGCGGCACCGACGGAACCGACGGUCCGUCUGCCCGGGAUCGUCCUGGCCUCGCUGAUGUUCCAGCACGUGAACAGCGACUCGGACGCGGAAGGCCUGGUUCUGGGGGAGAGUAAGUUCGAGGAGCAGAUCACCAUCAGCGACUCACAGGCGGAUCACAUCCACAUCGAGGAGAUUUACAACAUCCAGAAGCACAGAACCUUCCACCAGCUGAACACCUUCUACAACAGUGUUGGAGACGUGAAGGUGGAGGCCGUGCACAAACUCCUGGCAGACAACAAGCAGGAGAGCGUGAUUGGCUGGUACCGACAGAGGAGGAACACGGACCAGAGGAUGACGCUCCGGGAGAAAAUCGUCCACGAGAACCUGAAGACGUCUCUGUCCAACCCGCACAUGGUGUUCGUGCUGCUGACGCCGAGCGAGCUGACGCCCGCUGGCUCCACCUACCGGACAGAGUACGCCGCCUUCAUCUCCCGCAGCAGAAAGUUCCUCAACGUUCCGGUUCUCGUCACCAACCUCGGUUUACUGGAGCCGCUGUCGUACUGGAAGGUGUCGGCUUCCUGCUCGGCAGCGGGUUACAACCUCACCAUGAAGAAACACGGGGCGAAGUUCUUCUCCUCCAACGGUUUGUUGAGAGAAGUUAACGAAGUGAACAAGAUGAACGACUCUCUACAGUCGGAGCUGCAGAAAACGUGCGGCGACGUGGAGGAGAGCGAACUUCUGGUGGAAACGCUGCAGACGGAAGUUUCAGCUCUGAGGAGGAAAGUCCGAGAGAAGCGGCAGAGCCAAGCGGGAACAGACGUGGUUGUUGAUCUGUCCGUCCAGAGGAACAACCUGCUGCUGGAGGCAGUCAGCGCUCUGUUCACCCGCUCGCCGCUCUACCACUCACAGACUCUAACGCUAGAGGCUUUUCCUGUUCCUGUCGUUCCCUCCGUCUGCUGCGACCAACACGUUUCCACGAUGACGCUGACAAAGUGUGAUGCAGCAAACCCGAGCAGAACAAACUGUCGGAGGCCGCGGGCAGCGCGGAAACGUAGGAACAGCGAGUCAUGACAGGAAACGACCGGCAGACGUGAAGGUCACUGAGCUGCGGGAAAAACAAGUUGUUUGUUUCAUCAAACUCCAACCGGUCACACGACUCUGACGUCACCACGCGGAGCAGGAAGCAGCUGAUCGGCGUCUUUUCAUCAUUUAGGAAAUACUGUAUCAUUUCAGUCAAGUUUCUAAUGUUGUUUUUUAAUGUGAUGAAAAAUUGUGUUAAUAAAUUUAAAUAUUCAGGUUGUAAAGUUAAAACUUUAAAAAAAUACACUAAUUUGUUUAAUGAA